GCGAACGACAAGCAGACAACCAGCCAGGCUCGAAAACCCGGAGGACCGGCCCGUUCUCACGACAUGGCGUGCGUUUGUGGCGCCGGCAGAUAGCCCGGACACGUGGCCCGUCGGCGUCCACACCUGCCAUUUGACGGACGUGUUCCGCCCCGCCAUUGUCCUCGACGUCGUUAAUCAUGGCGAGCACGGCAGUGAAGACGGCGUCUACAACGCUACAGGAGGCACAGACCCAGGCCCUGCUCACUUUGCUCAAUCUCAACAACCCGCCCGAGCCCACUCAGUCCACCCCAGGCAGCGCGUCAAAGGGGACAAUUACACCCUCUACUGGCCCCCCGGUAUGGAAGAUCCUCGUCCUCGAUCAGCACACCCAGGACGUACUCGCAACCGUCCUGCGCGUCACCGAUCUACGCGACGCGGGCGUAACGCUCCAUGUGCAAUUACACUCAGCGCGGCCUGCACUACCAGACGUACCUGCUGUAUACUUCGUAUCGCCGACCCUCGCCAACAUCAAGCGCAUAGCAGAGGACCUGGACAAGUCGCUUUACGAGUCUUUCCAUCUUAACUUUGUUGAGCCUCUGCCCCGCGCCUUGUUGGAGGAGCUGGCCGCCGAGGUAGCGCGGACAGGCACGGGAGAUCUGGUUGAACAGGUCAUUGACCAGUACCUGUCGUUCAUCUGCCCCUCUCCUUCACUAUUCUCGCUACUUCCUCCCACCCCUCCUGCACCUUCUCAACAGCAACCCGCUCCGUCCACUUCAUCCGUCCCUCCAUCCACGUAUGCGAUCCUUAACUCGCCUGCAUCGACCGAACAGCAGAUUGAGGAGGAAAUCGAACGUAUAGCAAAUGGCCUCUUCAGCGCGGUCGCGACGAUGGGUCAGGUCCCGUACAUACGCUCUCCCAAGGGGAAUGCGGCCGAGAUGGUGGCGAAGAAGCUCGAGACGAAAAUCAGAGACGCCUUGCUAACCGCAUCUCGCUCGCACGGCACCUCCACCUCCACCCUCUUCUCUCAAGAGACUAGCGGUCUCGCCAACCUUCAACGACCACUCCUGCUCAUCCUCGACCGCAACGUCGACCUCGUCUCCAUGCUCUCGCACGGCUGGACCUACCAAGCCCUCGUCUCCGACUGCCUCGAGUUCAAGCUCAAUCGCGUCACCGUGCCCCCCGCCCCGCCCGCGCAGCCAACCAAGCGCUCGUACGACCUCGACAGCAAGGACUUCUUCUGGAAGCGCAACGCGGCGAAUCCGUUCCCGCAGGUGGCGGAGGACAUCGAUGCGGAGCUGAACAAAUACAAGCAGGACGCGGCGGAGAUCACGAGGACGACGGGAGUGAGCGAUAUGAACGAUAUCUCGCAACUGGACCCGUCGUCGAAUGCGGCGCAUUUGAAGGCCGCGAUCACCCAAUUGCCGGAGUUGACGGCAAGGAAAGCGACGCUGGAUACCCACAUGAAUAUCGCGACGUCGUUGCUAGAGCAAAUCAAAGUGCGAGGCUUGGACGAGUUGUUCAGCACGGAGGAGGCUAUCAACAAGCAGACCUUGAACACCAUCUUGGAAACCCUUCGCAGUCAAAGACCAGACGGCAACUUCACCGCUGAGGACAAGCUUCGACUAGUCCUCGUCUUCUACUUGUCAUCCCCCGACAACGCCCUUUCCAAAGAUGACCUUGCGCAGCUCGAAAAGGAACUCAGCUCAGCAGGUGCCAACACUGCCGCACUCGACUACGUUCGGAGGACAAGAGAAAUCCUGCAGAUGACGAGCGGUGGUGGCUUCGGGUCUGCAUCCGUGCAGUCCGAUGCUGGCGCGCCUGGCGGUGAGCUCUUUAAGGGCUUGGGCUUUGGUGCACUUAGCAACAGGUUUACGGACCGCCUCGGUACCGGUGGCCUGGAGAACCUGAUCUCUGGCGUCAAAAACUUUCUGCCCACCAACAAGCUUAUGCCCGCUACCCGCCUCGUAGAAGCACUCAUGGACUCUUCUGCCGCGUCGAAUCAGUCUCUUCAAGAGACUGACGAGUACCUCUUCCUCGAUCCCCGCGCGCCUAAGCACGCCGCACCUGCCGCCCGUGGCAGGAGAAUGGCGUUCGCCGAAAGCAUGGUCUUCGUCGUCGGAGGCGCAGGCUACGUCGAGUACGGCAACCUCGAGGAGUGGGCGACGCGCACUGGGAAGCGCGUAACGUACGGGGGAACGGAGAUCGUCGACCCGACGGGCUUCGUGAGGAUAUUGGAGGCGCUGGGGAAGGAGACGUCGUGAGUUUGAGGUGCCAGCGAUUUCCUUAGCUUCUUUUUGGACUUGGAUAGAGGAAUGCGAUGGUGUUUCGGCUUGUGAA